UGAGCCAUGGCCCGAACCAAGCAGACCGCCCGUAAAUCCACCGGAGGCAAAGCCCCCAGGAAGCAGCUGGCCACCAAGGCGGCCAGGAAGAGCGCCCCGGCCACCGGCGGCGUCAAGAAGCCUCACCGCUACCGGCCCGGCACCGUGGCUCUCAGGGAGAUCCGCCGCUACCAGAAAUCCACCGAGCUGCUCAUCCGCAAGCUGCCCUUCCAGCGCCUCGUCCGAGAGAUCGCCCAAGACUUCAAGACCGACCUGCGCUUCCAGAGCUCGGCCGUCAUGGCUCUGCAGGAGGCCAGCGAGGCCUACCUGGUCGGUCUCUUCGAGGACACCAACCUGUGCGCCAUCCACGCCAAGAGGGUCACCAUCAUGCCCAAAGACAUCCAGCUGGCCCGCCGCAUCCGCGGAGAGAGGGCUUAGACUCACCGGCAACAACUGACGACCAAAGGCUCUUUUCAGAGCCACACACAGCUUUACUGAAGAGACGCAAAUUUUUUUUUUUUUUUUAAAUCUUAAAGAUUUAUUUAGAUAUAAUCGCUGCAAAAAAUAUACACUAUAUACACUUAAGAAUAAUAGUAGUGGGGGAAAACCACCACUGUUUCGUCCCACCAGUGAAUGAGUAAUAAGACUGAAGGUGAUGUCAAGCUGCUCGGUGGGAAAACAACACAUGACUUCUGACCUGAGUGUUCAUACAGCGUCUCCAAGAAUGUUUGUAUCUGAUUUAGGACCAAAACUGAAAC